CGUCCAUUUCCUCCUUCUAUAAGACCCACUUUAUCCUCUCAACUCCCCAACUAUCUUCUAUCGAUCGAUUGAAGCUAAGAUCGAUCCCUGGGACUCUGACCGGCAGAUGGCGGUGUCCAUGCGGGCGAAGAGGGUGACCGACCCGCUGGACGACAAGGUGAAGGCCCGGCUCCGGGGCGACGAUGCCUGCUGGAUGACCGGCGUCACCGGUAGCAGCAGCGGCAGCGAGCACGAGGCCACCCCUUGUCUCUCCGGACUCAUCCACGCCUUCCUCCUCGAGAGCGCAGCUGGCUCCCCCUCCGCCGCCGCCCCUGGCGGCUACUCCUCCGACCGAGGCGGCACCUCCGACGACGACGAUGCCGGCGACCGUGCUGCGGCCGCCGCGGAGACUCUCCGGGAUUUGCUCGAUCCGCCGGUGGAGGGGGACCCGUUCCGGGCUCGGCUGGUUUCCGAUGUUCUCGCGGCGGCGGAGGCUUUCGCUGGGGUGAGGAAGAACGGAUCGGCAUUCCGGCGGGCGGUGAUGGCGACGCUGAGGGUGGCGGGGUACAAUGCUGGGAUCUGCAAGGCGAGGUGGGAGACCUCCGGCGGGGUGACCGCCGGAACCUACGAGUACAUCGACGUGGUGGCGACGGCGAGGGCAGGGGAGGUGAGGUACAUCGUGGACAUGGAAUUCGCGGCGGAGUUCGAGGUAGCGCGGGCAACGGAGCAUUACAGGCGGGUGCUGGCGGCGCUGCCGAGGGUGGCGGUGGCGCGGACGGAGACGAUGCGGCAGGCGGUACGGCUGGUGGCGGUCGCGGCUCGGCGAUCCCUCCGGAGCCAGGGGCUCCACGUGCCGCCAUGGCGGAAGAGCCGAUACAUGCUCGCCAAGUGGCUCGGGCCGUACCGCCGGACGGGGAACACUCUGCCGGCCUCCGCCGGUGCCAGCGUGGGUGGAGGCGGCAGCGCGGAGGUGAAGUGUCGGUCGGUGGGGUUUCCGGAGGCGGCGGCUGGGACGCUCGUGCCUCCGGCCGGCCGGACGAGGUAGAAGAAAAAGAAGACAAAGGAUCUACGACCAAAGAGUAGUACUGUUUUAUUGGGAACCAAAAUCUUGACUUAGUCAGUGGGGAGCGGAGAAAUUAUCAGGUAGAAGACUUCCUGUACCGCGUCAGCCCUAUACCUCUCUAGCCUUAACCAAACAACCCUAACCUCUCCGGCCGAACGCCGAGCACCCCGGAUCCACUUCGUUCUAUUGGGAAUGCUGAGUGGAGUGAUGUCGGUAAUGACGAACGAUUACUGUUGUGAGCCUACUGAUUGAAACCUGAGCGCUAUAUGUUGAAGUAUGAUGUGCUGAGGAAACUCUUUCGAAACUUUAUUUCAUUGUUGAGAGCCAGCUGGAUACUGGUAGUUAAAAACCUGAUAGAAGAACUUGGGAAAAAAAAAAAAAAUCUGCUAGAAGUUAAGUUUGUUUAAAAGGAUGGUCGUUGUAUCAAAUUAUACAGGUGAAUAAACGUCUUGUAGCAUUGGUUUGACAUGAUUGGACAUUUCAA